CGAUUUUCCAUUCCUGAUUGUCUAAUCGCCCUCAGGGUGGAAUUGCUGUAUUUCUGGCAGAGUAGUGGUCUAGAACUAGAGUUGCAAGAACAAUAUGGCCGUCUCUAUGAGAGAUUUGGACCCAGCUUUUCAGGGGGCAGGACAAAAGGCUGGGCUUGAAAUAUGGCGCAUCGAAAAUUUUAAUCCUGUUCCUGUUCCAAAGUCUUCUUAUGGAAAGUUCUUUACUGGUGACUCCUACAUCGUUCUUAAGACAACCUCCUUAAAGAGUGGCACCUUGCGACAUGAUAUUCAUUACUGGCUUGGUAGGGAUACCACUCAGGAUGAAGCUGGUGCCGCCGCCAUCAAGACAAUUGAACUAGAUGCAGCUCUAGGUGGACGUGCGGUACAAUAUCGUGAGGUUCAAGGUCACGAGACUGAGAAAUUCCUGUCCUGUUUCAAACCAUGUAUUAUACCUCAAGAAGGUGGAUUUGCUUCUGGGUUCAAACAUGCUGAGGCUGAAGAACAUAAAACUCGGUUGUUUGUGUGUAAAGGAAAACGUGUUGUCCAUGUUAAAGAGGUUCCUUUCAGUCGAUCUUCACUCAAUCACGAUGACAUUUUUGUUCUAGAUACCAAGUCAAAAAUUUUCCAAUUUAACGGUUCAAACUCGUCUAUUCAAGAGAGAGCAAAAGCAUUGGAAGUUGUUCAAUAUGUUAAAGAUACAUAUCACAAUGGAAAAUGUGAGAUAGCUGCCAUUGAGGAUGGAAAGUUGAUGGCUGACCCUGAAACUGGAGAAUUUUGGAGCUUUUUUGGUGGUUUUGCUCCACUUCCAAGGAAAACAACUAGUGAUGAGGAUAGGCCUGUUGACUCUCAUCCAACUAAGCUAUUUCGAAUUGAGAAGGGGCAGCUGGAACCGCAUGGUGACGGAUCUCUGACAAGGGACCUGCUAGAAACAAAUAAAUGCUAUAUUCUAGACUGUGGGUUUGAAGUAUUUGCAUGGAUGGGAAGAAAUACCUCUCUUGAUGACCGUAAGAAGGCAACUGCAGCUGCCGAGCAACUGGUGCAUGGACCUGAUAGACCAAAAUCACAAAUAACUUGUGUGAUUGAAGGUUUUGAGACUGCGACAUUCCGGUCUAAAUUUGAUUCAUGGCCUCAAAUUGCCAAUGUAGUUGUGUCGGAGGAUGGUAGAGGAAAGGUUGCAGCUCUUUUGAAGCGUCAAGGAGUUAAUGUCAAGGGUCUUCUAAAAGCUGAUCCUGUAAAAGAAGAACCCCAACCCUACAUUGAUUGCACUGGGAACUUGCAGGUUUGGCGAGUCAGUGGCAAUGAAAAGAUUCUCAUUCCUGCCUCUGAUCAGUCAAAAUUUUACAGUGGAGAUUGCUAUAUCUUUCAAUAUUCGUACUCUGGAGACGACAAAGAUGAAUAUCUAAUCGGAACAUGGUUUGGGAAGCAAAGUGUUGAGGAAGAAAGAGCUUCAGCAUUAUCACUGGUAAACAAGAUGGUUGAGUCAUUAAAAUUUCUCCCAGUCCAGGCACGCAUUUAUGAAGGGAAUGAACCGAUACAAUUUUAUUCAAUUUUCCAGAGCUUUGUUGUUUUCAAGGGAGGCCUAAGUAAGGGAUACAAGAAUUAUAUUGCGGAGAAGGAAAUUCAAGAUGAAACUUACCAAGAUGAUGGGGUUGCAUUAUUUAGAGUCCAGGGCUCUGGACCUGAAAAUAUGCAAGCAAUACAAGUAGACCCGGUUGCAUCGUCUUUGAAUUCCUCCUACUGCUACAUAUUGAACAGUAGCUCCAAUGUCUUUACAUGGUCUGGAAGCCUUACAAACUCAGAUAAUCAAGAACUUGUUGAGCGGUUGUUGGAUUUGAUAAAGCAGCCCAAUGUGCAAUCUAGAUCACAAAAGGAAGGCUCAGAAUCUGAACAAUUUUGGAAUUUGCUGGGAGGCAAAUCUGAAUAUCCUAGCCAAAAAAUCAGUCGAGAUGCUGAGAGUGAUCCUCACCUAUUUUCUUGUACUUUCUCAAGAGGAAAUUUAAAGGUGGUGGAGGUACAUAACUUUGAUCAAGAUGAUCUGAUGACUGAAGACAUAUACAUUCUGGAUAAUCACUCAGAGAUCUAUGUAUGGAUCGGGCAACAAGUUGACUCCAAGAGUAGAUUGCAUGCUUUAACUAUUGGCGAGAAAUUUCUAGAACAUGAUUUCCUACUGGAAAAUCUAUCUUCUAAAGCUCCAGUGUACAUUAUCACGGAAGGAAGUGAACCCCCUUUCUUCACACGAUUUUUUAAAUGGGACUCUGCAAAGUCCUCGAUGCACGGAAACUCAUUCCAAAGGAAACUUACAAUAGUCAAAAGUGGGGGCACUCCUACUGUAGAUAAACCAAAGCGAAGAACACCAGUAUCGUAUGGUGGGAGAUCUGCAGUGCCAGACAAGUCACAGCGCUCUAGGAGCAUGUCUUUUAGUCCUGAAAGGGUUCGUGUAAGAGGGAGGUCUCCUGCUUUCAAUGCAUUGGCUGCUAACUUCGAGAACCCCAAUGCAAGAAACCUUUCAACUCCACCCCCUGUUGUUAGAAAGAUCUAUCCGAAAUCAAUGACCCCUGAUUCAGCAAAAUUAGUUUCUGCAAAAUCAACGUCGAUAGCAGCUCUUAGUGCUAGCUUUGAACAGCCACCACCUGCUCGAGAAGCUAUUAUACCACGUUCAAUAAAAGUGACUCCAGAGCCUCCCAAGCCUAAACCAGAGACUAAUAAUAAUGAUAAACCGGAGACUAAUGAUAAGGAGAAGGAGAACGCAAAGACAGUCAGAAUUGAAACUCUCACCAUACAAGAAGAUGUGAAAGAAGGUGAGGCUGAAGAUGAUGAUGGCCUCACAAUAUAUCCAUAUGAGCGCCUAAAAACUACAUCAACCGACCCUGUUUCAGACAUUGAUGUGACAAAACGAGAGACUUACCUCUCAUCAGAAGAAUUCAGGCAGAAGUUUGGAAUGACUAAGGACGCAUUUUAUAAGUUGCCAAAAUGGAAACAGAAUAAGCAUAAAAUGGCCCUUCAACUGUUCUAACCUUUCCCCUACAGUUUCCUUUGAUCGGAUCAUUCAGUUUCCUGCAGUAAUAUAUUACCAGUGGAGGAAGCAUGGGUUUCAAGUCUAUAUCUUGUUAGAUCUAAGGAGCCUUCUCAACUGGUAAGGAGUGGAAGGGACAGCUUCAGUGCAUUUUUAGCUGCUUCUGUUGCCCAGAGACUUGUGUUCGUGAUUGAUGAACAAAUUGGAGUUUUGUUUUUCUUUUUCUGUUUGCUUGCAGUCCAUUGCAAACAUCUUUGAUUUUUUUUUUCUCCCUUUAUUAAGCAUUUGGUGUCCAUUUUAACGUUAAAGCUAUGUUGUGAGCUUGCAUUUUUUCCCACUUUGAGCAUAUUUUUAGUUUUCGGUUUUAUUUUUUCAUUCAAUUUUUUUCAGGAAAGAAAAAAUUAGUUGGUCUGCAUUUUAGUUUUCCUUCUUUGAUUUGCAUUUCUUGAGGAAGUACAACCGUGUGUACAGCAGAGUGUAAUAUUUUAGAAAACAAUAAACUUAUAUAAAGUGUGAUUUUUAUUA